AUGCCGGAGGAUAAUAUGGACGCGCGUUACAUUGUUUUUGGUGAAGAUUAUAAGGUGCGGAGCCCGAAGAUGGGGCAGGAGGAGUUGUUGUGGCGAGUGGAGCAGACUUUAUCACAGGCAGGGUAUGGACUGCUAAAUGAGGCAGAAUUUCCUAUAGUUGAUGAUAAGAUGCCUGUGAUAGUAGUUUUGGCAGGGAGGCGCCCGGCCCGUCUACAGUGGUUACUAGCGUCGCUAGCGGCUGUUACGAACAUUGGUGACGCCCUUCUAGUAAUUUCACAUAGCUUCUACGACGAGGCAGUGAACGAGCUCGUCAAACGCGUCGACUACUGCCGAGUCCUGCAGCUUUUCUACCCGUAUUCCGUCCAAUUAUUUUCAAAACGCUUUCCUGGAGCGGAUGUCAACCGCUCGCGUGCUGUCGCUCUCACUGCCGAAAAAAAACAACACUGGUGGUGGACUGCAAGCUUCCUCUUUAAUCAUUACAAUUAUAUUGAUCCUAAGUUGGGUCUAGCUCUUUUUCUUCAAGAAGAUGAUUACGUCGCACCAGACUUGCUGCAUACGCUCAAAUACGCGCAACGAGCGUUCACGUAUCAUCCCGAGGUAGAAGUUAUUUCACUCGGAGGACCAGUUACAGAAGCUGAUUAUAGUUUGUUAACUGUCGCGCCAUGGCAGCCGCCUUUUGAAUCAGGACUGGCAUUCAAUUUAACCUUCUUUAGGAAGCUACAUGCAUCAGCGUCAUACUUCUGUCAAUACAACGAUGCUAGUUGGAGCUAUUCGCUGCUAGCUGCGUUCGCGUCCCGGCCGCGUGGUUACGUUGAUAUGGUAGCGAGUAUGUUGCCCAGAGUUGUAUCGACGCGGGAGUACGCUAGCGGACGCGAAGGGGCAGAGAAAGCGCGGAGGGUUUUCACCAAAAUCUUUCCCACGCGCGUGCGCGUAGCGUACAUAACGACAGGCGUAGGCCGAGUCUCUCAUCCAGAGACCGUGCCGCGCGGGGCGGGGGGAUGGGAGGACGAGCGCGAUCGCCUGCUGUGUCUGGACCCGUUCCUGAUGACCACAGUACAGCCUAGGAAUGGAACUUACCCGACGCAGGCUCAGAUAUUUAGAAAAGAAUAG